GUGGAAGCUACAGAAUAUUGCAAGUCUCUGUAGCUACUGGGGGGAGGGGGAUAGAGCUUCUUAACAGUCCAAUGUAACAAUUUGGAGGCAACCAUAUUUAAUACUUUUCCAUAGCAUGCAUACUAAUCUGAACAUUUCCUUCAAUUAGGAUACUGCCUGGUUUAUGUUUUCUAACUUAAAGAAUAAAUAAGUUUUAUUGUUUUAUAAAAUCAAGCUGUUGUAUAAACAAAGGUGUCACAGACCAAAAACCACAAAUCAAUAGUUUUCUUACCUAAAUAAAUAAUAAAGAAAGUAAAGUCAUAAAGAAAAUAAUCUGUUUUACCUAAUGAUUAUGUCAUUAGUCAUGAUUGGAUAAUUUCUGCAUUUUGUUUUGUGUCAUUUGAAGUAUUCAUAAAGCCAUAAAGUUGAUUGACAGGUUGUGGCUCUGAAAUGAUUUCAUCUCUAUGGAAUCCAACAGAACAUGCUGGGCUUGGUGUGCAUGCUUUGGUUUAGCGUUGUUGGUUAAUUGGUGUUCUCCACCCUGUGAAGGCCUUACUGCAUCUUUAAGGUUGGCUCCUCACUUUCCUCAAGCAGAGCGAAGGAGACAGACAGGAUUUCAGACCUUUCUUUUUAGUUUGAAAUGCGGUUUAAGUAAACUAAGGAAAUAGAGGAUAAGCGGUGCUUUAUCGACCCACCAUGGGAGGGCCGAGAACUUUGUCACAAGUUCUACUUCUCUCAGCGUUUGGGAUCGCAUUUGUCUCAUCUACAGUCUCUGUGACCGGCAACACAACACAAGAAAACAGCACUUCUUCCACUCCAAGCACUGUUUCCAAGGAAUCAUGCCGAGGAGUGAACCUGCAGGAUCCGAGUCGCAGCAUAUUUGCUGCUGUGGACUCAUUGGUAGGGGAGCUUUCUUGUAAAAGGAAGGAAAAUGCAAGCCUAUCAGAGGACUCCUUCGUGGAAGUGGAACAAAACAUCCGACGGAUUGUUGAGUCGUCUAUAAAAGUCUUUUUAGACCUGGGCACCAAUGAAUCUGGCUCUGAUGUUUUGGAACAAAUUGGAAUCUUAGACAACCUUGAUGUGGAAAACUACAAAGACCCAUCAUUCAUCAGGCUGUGGUUCUCUCUGAAGAUGACUUUUCUGUUGCCCUUUGUCAAUGAAAGGUUCCUCAUCCAGCUUGGCAACAAGAACUUCAGCUGUGGUUCCUUCCAAGAACUUGUGAAGUCUCUCAGUGAAGGAAUCGAGCCUUCUCAGACGACGAGGAAGCAACAAAUCUACAGAAACUUCAUUCUGGGGUAUCUGACCAGAAAGAAUUUGGAAGAACCUGGAUGCAUAGAAAAUGUAAACGGAAGUGAAGACUGGGUGGAGAAAAACUUGAAGAGCUUUUUGGUCUUUGCAACACUACAGGAGCUUAAAACUAUCAACAGCAAUUUUUCUACCAGAGACGUGUUGGAAAAGCUCUCACCACGACAGAAAGCAGAACUGAUACUGGAUCCAGAAAGUGAUGAAUCAGGGGAUGUAGACAUUGUCAGAGAAAUUAUAACAAGUGUGACAAAGUCUGGGAAUGAGGAGCUACUCACCCAAUUUUUCCAGGAUUUCACACAAUUAAGAAAACAGGUAUUGAAUUCAUAGUGAACUCACAUUUGUAAUCUACCCUAUAGAUAGAAACAAAAUUUAACAAAGAAAAAUAAAGGAAUGGUAACUUUCUGUGGGAAAAACAAAGUUGUCAAAAAAGUGUAACUUGAUAGAAGAAAGAGCAAAA